UCCGGAGGGUGAUGACGCUCCAGUAGGUUUUCCAGCCCUCGCUUUGCUUUCCCUCCAGGGAAGGUCGUUCCGCACACGAUCCCGCUGAGGAAAGACACUCCGAUGGACUUACACCGGGCCGCCUUCAAGAUGGAGAACUCACCCUACCUCCCCAACCCGCUGGCCUCCCCGGCGCUGAUGGUCCUCGCCUCCACCGCCGAAGCCAGCCGCGACGCCUCCAUCCCGUGCCAACAGCCGAGGCCUUUCGGGGUCCCAGUCUCAGCAGACAAGGACGUGCACAUCCCCUUUACCAAUGGCUCCUACACCUUCGCCUCCAUGUACCACCGGCAAGGCGGUGUGCCAGGCGCCUUCGCCAACCGUGACUUUCCUCCCUCUUUGCUUCACCUCCACCCCCAGUUUGCACCCCCCAACCUGGACUGUACCCCGAUCAGCAUGUUGAAUCACAGCGGGGUCGGGGCCUUCCGCCCCUUCGCCUCCAGUGAGGACCGGGAGAGCUACCAGUCGGCCUUCACGCCGGCCAAGCGCCUGAAGAACUGCCAUGACACCGACUCGCCCCACCUGCGCUUCUCGGAUGCCGACGGGAAGGAGUACGAGUUUGGCACCCAGCUCCCCUCCAGCUCCCCUGGCUCGCUCAAAGUUGACGAGACGGGGAAGAAGAUCUUUGCGGUGUCGGGCCUCAUUUCGGACCGGGAGACCUCGUCCAGUCCUGAAGACCGAAGUGACAGAUAUAGAAGCGACAGCCAAAGAGGGCCCCAGGCGUCUGCAACUGCCACUCAUCGUAUGAUUUUAACUCUCCCCCUCUGCAAAAAGAAAGCGACAUUGUUUGACAGCCAGGCUCCCAUCUGCCCCAUCUGCCAGGUUCUCCUACGCCCUGGAGAGCUGCAGGAGCACAUGGAGCAGGAGCUGGAGAAGCUCACCCAGCUGAACAUCAGUAAGAACUCCAUCCUGAAGGAUGCUAUGGCUGCAGGCACCCCCAAGUCAAUUUUGUUGUCGGCUUCAAUCAAGCGGGAAGGAGAUUCUCCAACAGCAUCACCCCACUCCUCGGAUGACAUCCAUCACUCAGACAGAUACCAGACCUUCCUGCGGGUGCGAGCGAACCGGCAGACCCGGCUGAACGCUCGGAUUGGAAAAAUGAAACGGAGGAAGCAAGACGAAGGGCAGGUAUGUCCCCUCUGCAACCGACCUCUGUCAGGAUCCGAGGAGGAGAUGAGUAGGCAUGUGGAACAAUGCCUUGCAAAGAGAGAAGGUUCGUGCAUGACCGAGGAUGACUCUGUAGACAUCGAGAACGAGAACGGCAACCGCUUUGAAGAAUACGAGUGGUGUGGGCAGAAGAGGAUACGGGCCACUACUCUCCUGGAGGGAGGAUUUCGAGGUUCUGGGUUCAUCAUGUGCAGUGGCAAAGAGAAUCCAGACAGCGACGCAGACCUGGAUGUGGAUGGGGACGACACACUUGAAUACGGGAAACCACAGUACACAGAGGCAGACGUUAUCCCUUGCACUGGAGAAGAGCCAGGUGAAGCCAAAGAGAGGGAGGCGCUCCGAGGUGCUGUUUUAAAUGGUGGCACACCCAGUACUCGAAUAACGCCGGAGUUUUCUAAAUGGGCCAGCGAUGAAAUGCCCUCAACGAGUAAUGGUGAAAGCAGUAAACAGGAAACCAUGCAGAAGACCUGUAAGAACAGUGACAUUGAAAAAAUUACAGAAGACUCUGCAGUGACAACAUUUGAAGCACUAAAGGCUCGUGUCCGUGAGUUAGAAAGGCAGCUUUCCCGUGGGGACCGCUAUAAAUGUCUCAUUUGCAUGGACUCCUACACAAUGCCCCUGACUUCCAUUCAGUGCUGGCAUGUGCACUGUGAAGAAUGCUGGCUGCGGACUCUGGGUGCCAAGAAGCUGUGUCCCCAGUGCAACACCAUCACAUCCCCCGGAGACCUUCGGCGCAUCUACUUAUGAAGGACGCAGCAGGAGGGCGGCUCUCGGCUCAGCUCAGCGCACCCACGGGGAGAGGAACGACCAGGAAAAAAGGAAAGGAAAGAGAAAAACAAACAAACAAACAAAAAGACGUUUUAAAAACGUAAGGAAACAAAACCAGAGACUCCAGACACGGACUCGAGGACGCGGGAGCAGCGAGAGCCCCGGCUCCCACCUGCAGAGCCCCUCUGCGGCGGGCGAAGCCGACCCCGUUGUUGUGCAACCCCUUUUUUACUGCAGUGUUCCCCACCCGCCGCGGCUCGGAGCCCUCCUCCUUCAGACUGUGUUGUGACCACUCUGCCCCCAGGACGCUGGGGAAGGGACCCUUGGCAGCAAUGUUAAAUAACCUGUAACUCGUGUCCUUCGUUCGGUUUCCAUUGGGUUGGUUUAUUGAUUUGGUUCUGUUCCGUUUGGGUUUGGUUGUUUUGUUUUUGGUUUUUGUUUUUUUAUUGGUUUAUUUUUUUAUUUUUGUGGUGUUCUAGUGAUUAAAAAAAAAAAAAAAAAAGGUUUAAAGGAAAGAAAAAAAAAAAAACCCACACCCAGGCAGAAAUGAAGCACAUGUAAUAUAGAUUAUAUAUGUUUACAAUGUUGUGUAUAAAUGGGAUAGACUCAAACAUUGCAUACUAAUAAGUUUCCCUUUUGUUUUUCUUUUUUGGGUUGUAUUUUUUUUAAAGAAGAAGAAAGAAAAAAAAAUGAGCAGAGAACAUUAAACCCAUAUUUUUCUUGGUUCAGCAAAGUUUUGGCAUUAAAGUCAUUAGUUUAAAAAAAGUAUAUAUAUACAUAUAUAUAAUAUAAAUGGUUUAAUGUUCUGUGGUGUAUAUUUCCUCAUUCAGAUAUGAAGUUAACAGCUUUUAGUAAUGGCUGUAGCAUUGCCCAUAACUUACAGAACUUAUGGGGAGUAGAGGAGGUGCAUUUUUGUCAUUAGUUGUAGCUAAUGGGGCUAUUUAUAAUAGAAUCGUUAUCCCUGAACCACGCGGCUCUCAGCUCCCCCCAGGGGGCCGGGCAGGGUGGGGGCCCAGCAGCCCCAUAGAGCUCUGCCCCAGGCUCUGCUGCACCCCUUCCUCCCCCCUGGGCGCAGGGUUGGCUGGGCUUGGCGUUGCUCUCCUCCCUUCUAGGUCUCGUUUUCUGGCUGGAGCUGCUCCACGUGCUGUGGGGCAGGGCUGUGCCAGCCUGAGGUCGCAGGUCGCACAGCCCCAGCUUCUUCCACACCGUCCCUCAUGUUCAUCCCCAUCGCCCGUACCCUCAGCCGUAACCAAAGCUGCCAUCUGGCCUCUUCUGUUGUUCCUUUUCAUUUACAGGACCCAAGAAGCAGCUGUUGAUCCGUUUCCUGUGAAUGCGUGCUCCCUGCCUCGGCUCUCCUCUCACCGUGGGGUCUGCUGGGGUCCGAGCUCCCCGCGGGGGAUGCUGCUCUCCCCAUACCUGAGGCAUCACUCUGGGCACAGCCCUGCAUGGGCAGCACAGCCAUGCACUCUUGGUUCUGGGCAUGAAGCAUCUUGGCUGUGGCCGGUAAAGGGGAGCUGGGACCCCAUGGGGUCACUGGAAGAUCAAGCACGCCUUGGGCACAGCAUGUCCUGUGGGGGCACAGCAUGUCCUGUGGGGGCACAGCGUGUCCUCAGGGACCCUUUGCCACCUGCAUGCCAUGAGCCUGGUGCUUUUUUGCAGAGCUGUUUUCCUCAAUGCCUCUUGCAGUGUUUUCAGAAUGAUUCCACUGCAUCCCCCCAAACCAGGAUCUGUGUUCUUUAAGCAUCCAGCUCACGGUGUCCGGCUUUCCGUGCUCUCAGCAGCCUUUGCCAUGGAGGAUUUGCAGCUUUCCCUGCUAGGAAGGGUGAUGGGGGGGACCUGCUUUUUCAGGGGGCACCAAGGGUUGGGAGAUUCCAACAGAGAAAACAGCUGAGGGCCCAGCUGGGAUCACAACCCAGUUGGAGUGCAGUGGGCUGGAGGGCAGAUUCCUCCCUCCCUGCCCUUCCUUGGAGCCAGGGUUCCUGGUGGGUGUUGCGGACCAGCUCUGUGUACCGAUGUGUAAAACCAUACGUAACCCAUCCUUGUUCCUUCAUUUCGGUUCUUUUCUGUUUCGUUUGGUUCUUUUUGGUCUUAUGUUUUUAUUGUAAAGCCAUCCCCUGUUUUCAAGGGGGGAGGGAUAAAGGGGGGGGAGAACAAGGGGGACUCACCGCCUCUCCUGUAACGAUUUUAAUCCAUUUAAAAAGAAGAAGGAAAAUAAAAGAAAAAGGAAAAAAAAUAGUAAGUAAAAGCCCGGAGUUACCUAUCUCUGCCCAAAGAACCCAGUUGCACAAAGCGAUAUUGCGGUGUGUCGAUGAUUGUGUGUCGGUGUAUAUUAUACAAAGAGGUACUUGUCACUCCCGUUUGUAAACUACAUUUGACAUUAAUUAAACACGUAUAAAUCUUU